ACUGUCUCUCCUCCGCAGGGAAGAAUCUCUAUACAAAUGAAUACGUAGCUAUCAAAUUGGAGCCCAUCAAGUCCCGGGCGCCGCAGCUGCACCUGGAGUACCGCUUCUACAAGCAGCUCAGCGCCGCCGAGGGCGUCCCUCAGGUCUACUACUUCGGGCCGUGCGGGAAGUACAACGCCAUGGUGCUGGAGCUGCUCGGGCCCAGCCUGGAGGACCUCUUCGACCUGUGCGACCGCACGUUCACGCUCAAGACGGUGCUCAUGAUCGCCAUCCAGCUGAUCACGCGCAUGGAGUACGUGCACACCAAGAGCCUCAUCUACCGCGACGUGAAGCCCGAGAACUUCCUGGUGGGCCGGCCGGGCACCAAGCGGCAGCACGCCAUCCACAUCAUCGACUUCGGCCUGGCCAAGGAGUACAUCGACCCCGAGACCAAGAAGCACAUCCCGUACCGCGAGCACAAGAGCCUGACGGGCACGGCGCGCUACAUGAGCAUCAACACGCACCUGGGCAAGGAGCAGAGCCGCCGCGACGACCUGGAGGCGCUGGGCCACAUGUUCAUGUACUUCCUGCGCGGCAGCCUGCCCUGGCAGGGGCUCAAGGCCGACACGCUCAAGGAGCGCUACCAGAAGAUCGGGGACACCAAGCGGGCCACGCCCAUCGAAGUGCUGUGCGAGAGCUUCCCAGAGGAGAUGGCCACGUACCUGCGCUACGUGCGGCGCCUGGACUUCUUCGAGAAGCCCGACUACGACUACCUGCGCAAGCUCUUCACAGAUCUCUUCGACCGCAGCGGCUUCGUGUUCGACUACGAGUACGACUGGGCCGGGAAGCCCCUGCCGACGCCCAUCGGCACGGUCCACACCGACCUGCCCUCGCAGCCUCAGCCUCGGGACAAAGCCCAGCUACACAGCAAAAACCAGGCACUGAACUCCACCAACGGGGAGCUGAAUGCCGACGACCCCACCGCCGGUCACUCCAACGCCCCCAUCACCGCGCCGGCCGAGGUGGAGGUCGCCGACGACACCAAGUGCUGCUGUUUUUUCAAGAGAAGGAAGAGAAAAUCGUUGCAGCGACACAAGUGACCGGGGGUGGGCCCUGAACCCUCCCGCUGCAGCUGCUUGGGGAGCUCGUCACAGCCUCGGGGCCCAUGGCGGGCGCCGCAGACUGCAGGGCCGGGCUGCCCGCCCCCGCGGGUCACUUCUUCACUUAAGACUUGGGCCGAGAUUUCUACACCCGUGUCUAGUCCUCCCUGCGAGAGCAUUAACUAUUUACAACCUGGAGAGGAGCCGCGGCCCCCGCGCCCGCCGUGUCUGCGGAAGUGAGUAGAGGCCGCCCGUCCGCGCCGGUAGUGUCAUAAAGUCCAGCUUGUCUCCCUCGAUCCAAAGGCCGUUUUCUCGAGGGGGGCGCGGCCGGCGGCGCUGCCUGGGCUGCGCUCACCCGGGGCCUCCCCGAACUAAAGGGGAAGGCGGUGGGGGGCGGCCCCCCAACCAAAAUGCUGCACCAAAGCUUGGGCCGGCGUGGCCCGCGGGGGUUCUGCCGCACCCAGGCCGGGAACCCGGGGCGGCCACCGCCGGCCCCCCGGCCUGCAGGCUGCGCCGGUGCGCACGGGUUUCUGGUGUCGGCGCCGGCCGAGCAGCGGGACGAGCGCCUGCAGCCCGGCCGGCCCGCGGGCGCGUGCGGAGGCCGGGCCGGUCAGGGCGCGGCCGCGGGGGCCCCUGGAGGCCCCGGCGCUGUGCGGGCGGAGCAGCGGGGGUGUCCCGGCAGCGGCGUGUGCGGCCGGGCCUUGCUUUACAAAGUGUACAGAAAUGGCACUUCCGUUUCUCUGAUGCUUCCUGGAAGCCAUAGAAGUUAGGGGCUUUUUUAAAAAAAUAAAGGAAAACGAAACCA